UUUAGUCCGCCAAUAAACCAACUAAAGAAAGAAAGAAAGAGCUCGCGUGUGAUGUGUUUGUGUAUCCUCAGUGUUUUUCUCUCUUGAGUGUAAACAGAGUCUUGUCUCUGUGUAUUUUAGUGUUGAUGAUGGAUGAGAUGUGCUGUAAAUCAGUAGGAACUGAUCUGUCCAUGCUGGAUAUUGAUGAUUUCAUCACAGAAAUCUCUCAGCUGAAGAAAGAGGUGGCGUUACUGGAGACAAAGCUGAGGUUAAGAGGAGAUGAAGGACUGAAGAGAGAGGACUCCGAGCUCAGUCUGACUUUACUCUGUUAUACUGAGUCAAAGCACACAGACGCUCAGGACACUACAGUGUGUGACAGUAAUCAGGACUUACAGGAUGAUGAAUCUACUGAUCAAACCUCCACAGAGUCUCUGGAUUCUGUCUGUAACGCUGGAGAACAGCAGCAGAUCCUGCAGACCAAACUCAACAUGUGUUCAGUCAAACUCAUCGACUGCAGGAACCUCAUGAUGAAGAUUAAAACUGAACCCACAUCUGAUGAAUACGAAGACAAUGAUGGUCAUGAUUUUUAUCUGUCAGAUGUGAAGAGUGAAUUAUGUUUGGAUGGAGAAAUAACGUCCUCGACUCUUUCCUGCAUCAGCGCUGGAGAGACAUUGAGAUAUUUAGAGAGAAAACACACAGAACAUGAACAUCAUCUGAAGAUACACACUAAUGAGAGACCGUAUCAGUGCAAGUCACACAAAACACUACACACUGAAGAGAAACCCUUUCAAUGUUCACACUGUGAUAAACGUUUCAGUCAUAAAUAUCAUCUGAUAAUCCACGAGAGAAUUCACACUGAAGAGAAACCUUAUCUCUGUGAUGUUUGUGGAAAGAGUUUCAGUACACAUGACAGUUUAGUGAGACACCAGAGAACUCAUACAGGUGAAAAACCUUACAAAUGCUCUCAGUGUGGAAAGAGCUUCUCUGAUCCAUCUAGUUUUAGAAGUCAUCAAAGAGUUCACACUGGAGAGAAACCUCAUCACUGUAAUGUUUGUGGGAAGAGUUUCAGUCGACAUCAACAUUUAGUGAAACAUCAUAGAAUUCAUACAGGUGAAAGACCUUACAAAUGCUCUUAUUGUGAGAAGACGUUUGCUCAGUCAGCUUCCUUAAAAGCCCAUCAGAGGAGGCUUCAUACUGGAGAGAAACCAUACCAAUGUAAUGUCUUUGGGAGGAGUUUUAGGCAACAUACUAAGUUUUUAAAGCACCAGCGAGUUCAUACAGGAGAAAAACCUUACACAUGGUCUCAUUGUGAUAAGACGUUUACUCAUUCAGGUAACUUAAAACUACAUCAGAGAGUUCACACUAGAGAGAAACCUUACGUCUGCUCUCAUUGUGGAAAGAGCUUCUCUGAUUUAAGUUAUAUUAAAGUCCAUGAGAGAGUUCACACUGGAGAGAAACCUCAUCACUGUAGUGUUUGUGGGAAGAGUUUCAUUCGACGUGACUGUUUAGUGUCACACCAGAGAACUCAUACAGGUGAAAGACCUUACAAAUGCUCUCAUUGUGAGAAGACAUUUGCUCAUUCAGCUUCUUUAAAAGCCCAUGAAAGAAUUCACACUGGAGAGAAACCUUACCAAUGUAAUGUCUGUGGGAGGAGUUUUAGGCAACAUGCUAGCAUUUUAAAGCACCAGCGAAUUCAUACCGGACGGAAACCUUACGUCUGCUCUCAAUGUGGAAAGAGCUUCUCUGAUUUAAGUUCUGUUAGAGUCCAUGAGAGAGUUCACACUGGAGAGAAACUUCAUCACUGUAAUGUUUGUGGAAAGAGUUUUAAUCGACAUGGCAAUUUAGUGACACACCGGAGAACUCAUACAGGUGAAAAACCUUACAAAUGCUCUCAGUGUGAGAAGACUUUUACUCAGGCAGUUCACUUAAAAGUCCAUGAGAGACUUCACACUGGAGAGAAAUCGUACAUCUGCUCAAUCUGUGGAAAGAGCUUCUCACAAUUAUCUUGUUUCAGAGAUCAUGAGAGAAUUCACACUGGAGAGAAACCUCAUCACUGUAGUGUUUGUGGGAAGAGUUUUAACCAACGUGUCAAUUUAGUGAAACAUCAGAGAACUCAUACAGGUGAAAAACCUUACAAAUGCUCUCAGUGUGAGAAGACGUUUACUCAGGCAGUUCACUUAAAAGUCCAUGAGAGAGUUCAUACUGGAGAGAAACCGUACAUCUGCCCGAUCUCUGGAGAGAGAUUUCCUCAUUCUGAAAGUUUUCAGAAUCAUCAGAAAAAACAUACUGAAACUGUUGGCUAUACAGCAGGAGGCGCUCUGCAGCUCUUUAGUCCACAUAUAAACCCACUAAAGAAAGAAAGAAAGAGCUCACGUUUUUCUCUCUUGAGUGUUUUAUUGAGUGUAAACAGAGUCUUGUCUCUGUGUAUUUUAGUGUUGAUGAUGGAUGUGAUGUGCUGUAAAUCAGUAGGAACUGAUCUGUCCAUGCUGGAUAUUGAUGAUUUCAUCACAGAAAUCUCUCAGCUGAAGAAAGAGGUGGCGUUACUGGAGACAAAGCUGAGGUUAAGAGGAGAUGAAGGACUGAAGAGAGAGGACUCCGAGCUCAGUCUGACUUUACUCUGUUAUACUGAGUCAAAGCACACAGACGCUCAGGACACUACAGUGUGUGACAGUAAUCAGGACUUACAGGAUGAUGAAUCUACUGAUCAAACCUCCACAGAGUCUCUGGAUUCUGUCUGUAACGCUGGAGAACAGCAGCAGAUCCUGCAGACCAAACCCAAGAUGUGUUCAGUCAAACUCACAGACUGCACGAACCUCAUGAUGAAGAUCAAAACUGAACAAACAAAAGUAAAAACUGAACCCACAUCUGAUGAAUAUGAAGACAAUCACAAUGAUGGUCAUGAUUUUUAUCUGUCAGAUGUAAAGAGUGAAUUAUGUUUGGAUGGAGAAAUAACGUCCUCGAAUCUUUCCUGCAUCAGCGGUGGAGAGACAUUGAGAUAUUUAGAGAGAAAACACACAGAACAUGAACAUCAUCUGAAGAAACACACUAAUGAGAGACCGUAUCAGUGCAAGUCACACAAAACACUACACACUGAAGAGAAACCCUUUCAAUGUUCACACUGUGAUAAACGUUUCAGUCAUAAAUCUCAUCUGAUAGUCCACGAGAGAAUUCACACUGAAGAGAAACCUCAUCACUGUGAUGUUUGUGGAAAGAGUUUUAGUCAACGUGUCAGUUUAGUGAGACACCAGAGAACUCAUACAGGUGAAAAACCUUACAAAUGCUCUCACUGUGGAAAGAGCUUCUCUGAUCCAUCUAGUUUUAGAGGUCAUCAAAGAGUUCACACUGGAGAGAAACCUCAUCACUGUGAUGUUUGUGGGAAGAGUUUUAGUCAACGUGUCAGUUUAGUGAGACACCAGAGAAUUCACACUGGAGAAAAACCUUACAAAUGCUCUCACUGUGGAAAGAGCUUUUCUGAUCCAUCUAGUUUUAGAGGUCAUCAAAGAGUUCACACUGGAGAGAAUCUUUACCAAUGUAAUGUCUGUGGGAAGAAUUUUUAUAAACAUGGACAUUUAGUGAGACACCAGAGAACUCAUACAGGUGAAAAACCUUACAAAUGCUCUCAGUGUGAGAAGACGUUUACUCAGGCAGUUCACUUAAAAGUCCAUGAGAGAGUUCAUACUGGAGAGAAGCCGUACAUCUGCUCAAUCUGUGGAAAGAGCUUCUCACAUUUAUCUCGUUUCAGAGAUCAUGAGAGAGUUCAUACUGGAGAGAAACCUCAUCACUGUAAUGUUUGUGGGAAGAGUUUCAGUCGACAUGACGGUUUAGUGUCACAUCAGAGAACUCAUACAGGUGAAAAACCUUACAAAUGCUCUCAGUGUGAGAAGACGUUUGCUUAUUCAAGUUGCUUAAGAAUCCAUCAGAGAGUUCACACUGGAGAGAAACCUCAUCACUGAAGUGUUUGCUAGCUUUCUAAAGCACGAGAGAACUCAUACAGGUGAAAGACUUUACAAAUGCUCUCAGUGUGAGAAGUCGUUUACUCAGUCAAGUAAUUAAAAGUCCAUGAGAGAGUUCAAACAGGAGAGAAACCUUUAUGUCUGCUUGAAUUUGUGGAGAGAGAUUCUUAUUCUGGAAGUCUUCAGCAUCAUCAGAAGAAACACUCUAAAGAACAAACUACACUGAAAUCAUUGUAGUGUUUGUCUUGACACACUGGUUGUGUAUAUUCGAUGAGAAUAUUUGAUUCGAUAAUGUACUAGAACAAAAACUAUUUAUUUCUAUGAAUGACUUUACAUUGACUUCGGUUAUUUGUGGUGCCAAAAGCAAAGAUUUAGUUCUUAUUGCCAGGUAACAUUUAUAAACUCUCUAAAGUUUUACUAUUAAUGGUUUUUGUUUCAUUGAUCAAUGUGUUAUAUUGCUUGAAUUGCAUGUUGAAUUAAUAUGUCAAUUACUAUCUCCUUUUGUUUUAUUCAGUGUUUUGUAUGAUUGAUCAAUGCAUUAUAUUGUUUGAAUUAUUUGGUAUUGUUGAAAUUUCUUAUGAUUGAUUAAUGUGUUAUAUCAGUUGAAAUGAUUUUUUAAUUAUCAUGUUGUUUACCUGGCUAAAAAAAUGUUACGUUUGGAUUUA